AUGGCAGCCUCGGUUUCGGGCUUCGAUAACUUCAAGCUGCCGGCCGAGUUCCGCGCGGGCGACGUUGUAGUACAUGACAGGGCUACGAAAUGGAGGCAAGUGAGAAGGAUUGGUAGCGGAGCGUUUGGAAGCGUAUAUCUGCAGAAGAAAGAAUAUGAACCGGGGCUUCGAAUUCAUCAGGAGGAUGACACAAGGGCUGUGAAAAGAGUACCUUUGAGCUUCUUACCUGAGAAAGGGCCCUCUCAAGAGUUGCUCGCUCUCUUGAGGUUGACGAAUGAUAGUACACACUUUGUCAAGUUUUUGGGUUGGUACGAUAAUCCAGAGUACAUCUUCUACGCUAUGGAGUACAUCAAGGAUGGAGACUUGCAUGCGUACAUGACCCAAGACCGAAUGGGGGCGAAUAGAGAUGCAAAAGAAAUUACUAGGCAAAUAUUAGAAGGACUUGUGGUCCUCCAAAAAGAAGGAAUUUGUCAUAGAGAUUUAAAGCCUCAGAAUAUUCUCAUUGCUUCUCGCAAACCUAUUUGGGUCAAAAUCGCCGAUUUUGGCGUUGCAAAACAGCUGGAAGGAACUAUUCCACGAUCAAUCCAGGGAACAGAAGGAUAUCGCCCUCCGGAAUUACUCGGGAUUUUCCCAAUGGACCAACGACGACAGAAACAAAUCGGUUAUGCUCUAGAUAUAUGGUCACUUGGCGCAAUGUUGCACGAGCUUUUAACUUCAUUUAUACCUUUCUUCGAUGGCGAGGUAUUUGGUGACGAGUCCGAGGAAUUGUCAAGCGUUGUAGGGGGGUCGACAUCAACAGUGAAGGGGAAUUUCAAUUUCAACUUUGAGGGUCUUUAUCAGUUUUGCCGUGGAAAAUCUGAGUUUCCGACACAACGAUUACGGCAAGCGUGCGUAAGCCCUGCCGGAAUAGCAUUUGUCCAAAGUUUGUUAGCCCCUGAUCCUCAAUGUCGACCGGAGCCACUCAGUGCGCUGCAUGGUCCGUUGUUAUGUGAUUGGAUUGGGGGGGUGAUAGGGGAGUUUCUGAGAAUGGGUGUGGAUUUGGAUCUAAGAUAUGUCCAGGAACAUAAAUUGUUAGGAAAAGAAGGGAGCGCCUAUUUCCUACGGUGUUUACCUCUUGCAGAAAGAGGGCGAAUUGGUGCUCUCCUCAGCAAAGCAGUGUCGAUGGGUUACGUAUCAGCUACUUCAAUUCUCUUAGGGAUCCCCAGCGGUGGAUUGAGAAACCCCUUAACAAGUGUCAACUAUUCAGAAGCCUUUCUUCAGGCUAUCGAACUUCAAAACACCGACCUAAUAGAAUUAUUCCUGAAAAUAUCCACUUUCGAUGCCGAUAUAGAAGGGACCUUUGAGAGUAGGAAAUUCCUGAAAGCGGUAACACUUCAGGAGGAGAAAAUGGAAUUAAACUAUGGGAAGAUAUUGCGGUUUGCCAUCGGAUCCGAUUCUAUUUCUACGGUCAGGAUACUUCUGAAAAUCAAUUCAAACAUCGGCGAACCGUUGCUCUUCGAAAAUCUAAAAGGCUUGCUGUUGGCAACUAAGAGUGGUCAUACUGCCAUUGUCAAGCUUUUCCGCGAAGCUGGAGUCGACAUUAAUAUUGCCAAAUCCGAGUACGGCCAUCGUCUGCAAGCGACCUUACAGAUGGUAAUGGAGACUCAACAUCUAUUGGAGCUUAUGCAAAAUCAACUAGCUGUGAUCGAGAGUUUAGCAAGAGAGGUCUUCGGGGGCCGCGAAGCUGGAGUCGUCAUCAAUGCCAAAUCCGAAUUACAGAAGGUAAUGGAGACUCAACAUAUAUUGGAGGGUACGCAACACCAACUAGUGACCGGGGGUUUAGCAAAAGAGAUCUUCAGGGACGUGGUAAUGGAGGAUCAACAUAUAUUGGAGUGUAUGCAACAUCAACUACAUGUAGCUAUGGCCGAGGUUUUAGCAAGCGAAGCUGGAGUCGACAUUAAUAAUGCCGAGUCCAACGGUCAUCGUCUGCAAAAGGCCUUACAAGCGGUGAUGGGGGUUCAACAUGUAUUAGAGCAUAUGCAACAUACCAUAACUGUGACCGAGGGUUCAAUAAGGGAGUACUUCAGGGCCGUAGAUGUCGAGCUAGUUAGAUCUAGGUCUCUGAAUUAUAGGCAGAAGCUUCGAAGCGUAGCAAGCCAGCCGCCAACAGCGCUAUAG